UGCACUGCUUCUUCGGAUCUUGAUCUCUCCAUGGAGGACACCUCCGUUUCUCGUCGAUUUGUGGUGGGCUACGCCCUCGCGCCUAAGAAGAAGCAUAGCUUUGUCCGGCCGUCUCUCGUCGGCCUCGCGAGCGACCGCGGCGUCGAUCUCGUCCCCAUCGACCCCUCUCGUCGCGUCUCCGAGCAGGGCCCCUUCGAUUGCGUGAUCCACAAAUUUUACGGCGACGAAUGGAAGUCACAGCUCGCGGAUUUCUCCGCCAAGAAUCCCGGCAUCCCCAUCGUCGACCGGCCCAUCGACAUCGAACGCCUUCACAAUCGCAUCACCAUGCUCCAGUUCGUGUCCGAGCUCGAAAUCCCUCAGGGGAGGGAGACCUUCGGGAUCCCCAACCAAGUGGUGAUCUAUGAUUCCAGCGCCCUCUCCAACACCACCGACCUCCGGUUCCCUAUCAUCGCCAAGCCGCUGGUCGCCGACGGCAGCGCCAAAUCCCACAAGAUGUCCCUUGUCUACCACCGCGAGGCUCUUCUCAAACUCAAACCUCCCCUGGUGCUGCAGGAGUUCGUCAAUCACGGCGGGGUCAUCUUCAAAGUCUAUGUGGUGGGGAACUACGUGCAGUGCGUGAGAAGGAAAUCCCUCCCCGACGUUUCCCCGGAGAAGCUGGAUCAUCCCGUCGGCUCUGUCACCUUCUCUCAAGUGUCCAACGUGACCACGCAGAGACCCGAAGAGGUCGAAUAUUACGAGCGCCUGGAAGAAGCAGAGGUGCCCCCGCCGCACUUUCUCGAGAAGGUAGCAAUGGGUUUGAGGCAGGCGAUGGGAUUGCGCCUCUUCAAUUUCGACAUGAUUAGGGAUUCCAAAUCGAGUAAUCAUUACCUCAUAGUGGACAUCAAUUACUUUCCCGGUUACGCUAAGAUGCCGUCUUACGAAAAGGUUUUAACCGACUUUCUCUGUGACCUUGUUCGUGACGAGAAGGGGCAAGCGCCUACGAGUUCUUCUGCACCGUCGCCCGCUUCCUCUAACUUGUGCAAGCAUCAUGAGCAUGAAUAG